AUGUCUGGUAGGGGCAAAGGUGGUAAAGGUCUUGGUAAGGGAGGAGCCAAACGACAUAGGAAGGUGCUACGUGAUAACAUCCAAGGUAUUACGAAACCUGCUAUUCGUCGUCUUGCUCGCCGUGGAGGUGUAAAACGCAUUUCUGGUUUGAUCUACGAGGAAACUCGUGGUGUGUUGAAAGUAUUUCUGGAAAAUGUUAUUCGUGACGCUGUCACAUACACGGAGCAUGCCAAGCGGAAGACUGUAACCGCCAUGGACGUAGUGUAUGCUUUGAAACGCCAGGGUCGUACAUUGUACGGUUUUGGUGGUUAA